AUGGCACCAUGGCUGCGAUUAGCGUCAUUGCCUUCAGCCCUUCUCCUUUUGGUCUCUGCCUCCAUCUCCCCAGCUGCUGCACAGACUGUGAACCUUCGGUGGCCGUACAAUCUCGCACCCGACUCGAAAUACUACCCCGAGGAUGAAGUCCUCCUCAAGAGAGACAUUGACAUACAGCAGAAGUUACAAAGGAGCUCUCCGACCGGAGUGAAGAAGCUGAAUGGGGACCCGGGCGAGAAGUUCUACAUGGAUUAUUGGGGGUUUGAAGAAGAGCAAGAGGAGGCUUGGGACGGUCAUUCGAUUUGGUCGAAUUCCACACUUUGGGUCUCCAUCGACCUGCCCGUCCGAGCUGGCACCUGUUUUCAAAACGCGCCUUCCAAUGUCCCGCAGGCACCUCCGCCUGCACAUCCAUUGACCGACCCAACAGCUGCUGUGCAGCGGGAUACACCUGCCAACUCGUUCAGGAGUCGAGCUCCAGUGAGGGCGACGUGGGAUGCUGUCCCAGCGGUCAGAUCUGCGGCAAUGCACUUUCCACGAACUGCGCAAGUGGACAAAUACAGCGACUGCAUCGACCACGCCCCCGGGUCCGAGUACUACGACUGUCACGAGUUACACGACGGUCACGCCAUCUCAGCCUUCCUCUCCUACAACAAGCUCAAGGCAGUCAACAACUCCGACAUCAACCUCCAGUCCCAGCGUCACUCCGCUUCCACCACUUGUCUCAACCGUCACGAUAACCAGAACUGUGACGUCUUCGGCCUCACUCUCCCUAACAUGUUCAACGGGUUUCCGAUCCUGUCCGGCCAGUCUCGGAGGCGGUUGCUGUCCGACAGACCGUGCGUGUGGUUCCGCCAAUUGCCCUGCCUUGUCAACGUCGACGGCCUCCUCGCAAUCGAGUGGUACACCGGAACCACCCGUCCGACCGACCAGUUUGACGACGACGGUGGAAAUCACAACCACCACGACCACGCCUUCGAGUUCCCUGUCCUAUCCGGUCACGGGCUGUCCAACCGGGUUCUACGCCUGCUCCGCAUACUACCAGGGCGGAUGCUGCCAAAUCGGGCGAGACUGCGACAGUACAUCGUGCCCUGCGGCUGCCUCCACAACUCUUGUUUCUGGUUCAAGUCUCACGAUUGUGGCACCCUCUGGGAGCGGGAUUACCGCCCCGGGCAAUUUCCAGACGGGAGAUUGUGCAACAGGGUGGAUGACAUGUGCGCCUGA